AUGGCCCAACGUCAACGAUUCCUCAACUAUCCGGAGCCCUUGAAGGGUCCCGAUGUACCAUACGAAAAUGAAAGAGGCAGCAACCCAGCCAUCAGCGGCGUAUUUCUUAUGAUAGCUGCAAAUCUUAUGGAAUGGUUCCGGUUGCUAAGAGAACUGAUAUGGAACAACACCGGAUUCGGCUCACUGAGAAAGAUUAUCCCAUACAUUGAGGAGUAUGAGCCAUGGUUCGAACCACAGAUUGUACCAUUACCAGAAGAAGUCGACAAGGAGCCACUGCAGAACGAGCCAGCAGAAGAAGACACCAAACCCGAUGCUGCCGUAUUCUAUCCGGAAGCAAAGUACUACUCCGUUGAAGACUACCGCAAGUUGUAUCUCUCCGGCGCCAUCACCCCUCUCGAUGUGGCCGAGGCUCUGCUGCCACUAAUCCGCCGAGACAUUCAAAACGCCUCGGAACACUCCAUCGCCUUUUUCCAAGUCCGAACCGAACGGGUUCUCGCCUCAGCCCGGGAAUCGACUCUUCGCUACAAAGAAGGCCGGUCUCUCGGGCCCCUCGACGGUGUUCCCACAGCCGUAAAGGACGAGUACGACAUGGAAGGCUACUCCACCACCCUUGGCUCCCCGAAUGUCUACGCCGAUUCUUCCACCAACAAGACCACCUCCUGGUGUGUCCAGCAAAUCGAAGCUGCUGGUGCUCUGAUUCUCGGCAAACUCUCCAUGCACGAAUUCGGCCUCGACACCACAGGCAACAACCCCCAUUACGGCACUCCACGAAAUCCCCACAACUCCAAUUACUACACCGGCGGCUCCUCCUCCGGCACAGCCUACGCCGUCGCCGCAGGUCUCAUCCCCAUCGGUCUCGGCUCCGACGGCGGAGGCUCCAUCCGCAUCCCGUCCUCCCUCUGCGGUAUCUACGGCCUCAAACCCACCCACGGCCGUCUUUCCUUCCGCCCCGGUCCCAAUCACUGCGUCACCUGUGCUUGUCUCGGCCCCAUCGCAGCAGAUAUGUCCUCCCUCGCCGCUUUGUUUUCCGUCAUUUCAACCCCGCAUUCAUCCUCCCCUUUCCCACCUCUGCCCUCUCCGUUGAAAAUCCAACUCCCGACGCCUGAUGACGCAAAAGUGUUGGGAAUCCCUCAGGCGUGGAUAUCCCAAGCCACACCCGCGAUCCAAACCCUAGUCAACACCCUCAUCCGCACUCUGGUGUCCAAACACGGGUACACCACUGUUCCCGUCACCAUCCCAUUUUUACAAGAAGGGCAAAUCGCACACGCCAUGACCGUCCUAACAGACGCGGCUACUUUGUUACCGGAGUAUAAAAACCUCACCUACGCCAAUAGGAUCCUCUUGGCGCUUGGGCGAACAACCCCGGCAACGGAUUACAUGCUCGCGCAAAAACUCCGAAGGUUGCUGAUGCAGCAUUUGGCGUGGUUGUGGGAACAGCACCCGGGUAUGAUUAUUGUCACUCCGACGACGGCGUGUGAGGGGUGGGAGAUUAGGGGUGGGACGGGGGAGUUGAGGUAUGGGUUGAAUGAUGGGGAUAGGACGAUGCAGAGUAUGGAGUUUGUGUGGUUGGGGAAUUUUUGUGGGUUGCCGAGCUUGAGCUGUCCGGUUGGGUUUGUGCAAGGGAAGGGGGGGGAGGUACCGGUGGGGGUUAUGGCUACGGGGGAGUGGUGUUCGGAGAGGGAGUUGAUGGGGUUUGGGGGGGUGGUGGAGGGGGUGGUGAAUCGGGUGGGGAGGGGGAGGAGGCCGGGGGGGUGGGUUGAUGUUGUUGGGAGGGCGAGGGGGCUUAGGGUGAGUAGGGGGGAGUAG